GUCGCUGGAGAGGGGCUCGGCCCGCAGUCCGAGGCCUGCUGUCGCGGCAGCGCGGUGUUGCGGGAGGUGGAGCGCGGCGCCCGCCCGUUCCCGGGCCGCCCGCGCGCCGGAUCUGGGAACCCGCGACCGGACACGACGGGCCGCUACCGGCCCGCACGAAGGCCGCCGCGAUGUGCGACUGCUUCCACAUGGUGCUGCCCACCUGGCCUGGAGCCCCCGGCAGCGUAUCUGGCCAGCAGCUGCAGCCGGAAGAGGCCAGCGCAGAGGCCGAGGAGGCCCACCCUGUGACUGUAGGGCCUGCGGAUGAGAUCGUUCGGCCGCGGCCACAGGGGUCCUCACCUGUCUACGAAUGUGUGGCUGAGGGUGCUGGCCUUGGAUUUGCGGUAAGCCUGCUGGACAGGGACCCACAGGAAGACACACCGAGCAGACACAGCUCCUCAGGGAGACGGAGAUCCUGGUGGAAGCGGGAUUCAGGGGACUCACGAACGUCUUCCAGGAUGAGUCGGCCAGAGGAGGCAACGGAGGUGACCCUAAGGACCGAGGUGGACACUGGAGCCAGUGGCUACAGUGUCACAGGCGGUGCGGAGCAGGGGAUCUUUGUCAAGCAAGUGCUGAAGGGUUCCACGGCUGCCAAGCUCUUCAGCCUGAGAGAAGGGGAUCAGCUGCUCAGCACAACCAUAUUCUUUGAUGACAUUAAAUAUGAAGACGCUCUCAAAAUCCUUCAGUACUCAGAGCCCUACAAGGUUCAGUUCCAAAUCAAACGGAGACUUCCUGCCGGAGAGGACCAGGAGUGGGCCUCCAGCAGCGCUCCACGUGACCCGGAGGACAGUGAGAUGCAGGACAAGGCUGUUGCAGACGGUGACACAGAGAUGCCCAGCACGGCGCUGGAAGGAGGUGGAGACCAAGAGAGACUCAUCUCCAAACCCAGGGAAGGCCGAGGCAGGCGACCCAGGAACGAGAGGGUGUCCUGGCCCAAAUUCCAAGCAAUAAAGCCCAAGCGUGGGCCAGGGCCCCGGAGGUCACACAGCUCCUCAGAGGCCUGUGUGCGGGGGGACGGCCCUGACGCGUCCCCCCCACACACAGACACCGAGGCCCAGCUCCCAGCAGAGGGGCAGGAGCUGAAGGCAGGGCCGGACAACCAGCCCCGGAGACGGUUCCUGAACCUGAGAUUCCGGGUGGGCACGGGAAAGGGCCUGGUGCCAGUGGGACGACCAGGAAGAGAGGCCCCGGGUGGGCUGCCCCAGGCUGGGGUCCUGGAGGAGGCAGGGACCCUGGGUGAUGCCAAAGAGGACGCCAGGACUGCGCACAGAGAGGACAGGAUGGCAGAGGCGCAGGAGGGGCCCGCGGCUCCGAGCGAGCAGCAGCGCACAGAGCCCAGCCUGCCUGGUGAGGACUCCCUGGGGGAAGGGGCCAGGGUGACACCCAGACGCCCAAGGAGGACCAAGGAGGGGAAGGUCCAGGAGGAGACAGUGGCACAGGGGAAGCCGGGGCCAGGCCCAGCCCCAGGGCAAGAAGGACAGGCGCACAGGGAGGGAGAGCCUGGCCUGGAGACCGGGGUUGCCAGCCUGUCUCUGCAGGCCGCCGCGGACGUGGUCAGCACACACAGCCGCCCACCGGAGUUCCCGGUUCGAAUACCCACUUUAAAAACACCCAAGUUUGGAUUUUCCAAAGAAGCAGUGCUGGACACAGAAGGAGGAAUGAUGGCGCUCCAGCCGGAGCGGAGGAGGGGCCACCCCGGGAGGAAAGACACAGUGGGGGAGCAGGCAGAUGGAGGAGCGGACAGGCAGGGGGACCGAAGUGCAGCCCAGGGGCCACCACGAGAGACGGAAGCAGGAGCAGCGGACAGGACGCAGGAUGGCGAGGAGUACAGCAAGGCUGGGGACAACGACACGGAGGGAUGGGACGGAAGGAUGAAGACGCUGAGGUUCAAAAUGCCCUCGUUUGGGUGGCCACCAGGAAGGGAGCCGAGGGCACCCGCGGUGAGAGUUCUGCAGGGACGGGAGAUGGAAAAGGGAAGCCCAGCCCUGCAGACGGCCACGCACACAGAUGGGAGCAGAAGACCUACAGCAGAAGGAGGAGACACAGAUGUACAAGAACCAGGACAGACACGGAGAGAAGAGGGACAGAGUGGCAGGAAGGACAGGCACACCACCCCGGGAGACGGGACGGACGCCAAGGACAGCAAGUUCAAAAUGCCUAAGUUCAAGAUGCCAUCCUUCGGCAUGUCUGCACCAAGCACAUCCACGGAGGCCUCUGUGGACGUGUACCUGCCAAAGGCUCGGGCAGAGGUGUGCCUUCCCUCCAUUCACAGCGACAUCAACACCACUGACCUCCCAAUUGGACUCCCAUCUGCUGACCUGGACAUCAAGGCCGCUGAGGUGGGCCUGAAGCUCCCGGAGGGCCAUGUGCCCAGGGGAGAACUCCAGGAGGUGGCAGCGGGAGCCGGACUCACAGGACACCUGCCCAAGUUGCAGAUGCCCAGCAUUAAGAUGCCCGAGGUGGACGUGAAGGGCCCCCAGGUGGACAUCAAGGGGCCCAAGCUGGAUGUGAAGGGCACAAAAGGGGAGGCAGCCAUCCCUGAUGUGGAGGUAUCUGUGCCUAGCAUUGAGGUGGACAUCAAGGUGCCAGAUGCCAACCUGGAGGGCGACCUGUCCCUGGGAGACAAGGAGGUAUCUUCCAGAGACAGCAAGUUCAAAAUGCCCAAGUUCAAGAUGCCAUCCUUUGGUGUGUCUGCACCAAGCAAGGAUUUGGAAACCUCAGUGGGCGUGCCUGUGCCCAAGGUCACAAUGGAGGCCACCCGGCCCUUCCUGGGAGGAGAGCUCCAGGCCUCAGAGUGUAGCGUCCAACUGCCCUCGGCUGAUGUGCACCUGCCCAGAGGAGAGCUGGAGGUGGCCCUCCCCGGGGCCGAGUUGAUGGCAUCCGAGCUGAAGGGCAAAGUGGAAGGGACCCAGAUCAAAGCCCACCUGCCCAAGGUGCAGAUGCCCAGCAUCAAGAUGCCCAAGGUGGAUGUCAAGGCCCCCAGCAUGGACAUCAAGGGUCCCAGCAUGAACUUGAAAAGCAGGAAAAGAGAAGUGGGAUCCCCCGACGUGGAGGUGGCCCUGCCCACUGUCAAGGUGGACAUCCAGGUGCCAGAUGCGAAGCUGGAAGGCGACCUGUCCCUGGGAGACAAGGAGGUGUCCACCAGAGAUAGCAAGUUCAAAAUGCCCAAGUUCAAGAUGCCGUCCUUUGGCAUGUCUGUGCCAAGCACAUCCACAGAGGCCUCGGUGGACCUGUCCCUGCCAAAGGCCCAGGACGACGUGUGCCUGCCUUCCAUCCAGGCUGAUGUCAAGACCAGUGACCUCCCCAUUGAGCUCCCAUCUACCGACCUGGACGUCAAGACCGCUGAGUUGGUCCUGAAGCUCCCGGAGGGCCAUGUGCCCGGGGGAGAGUUCCAGGAGGCGACAGUGGGAGCUGGACUCACAGGACACCUGCCCAAGUUGCAGAUGCCCAGCAUCAAGAUGCCCAAGGUGGACUUGAAGGGCCCCCGGGUGGACAUCAAGGGGCCCAAGCUGGACAUGAAGGGCACAAAAGGGGAGCCGGCCAUCCCCGACAUGGAGAUGGACAUCCAGGUGCCAGGUGCUAAGCUCGAGGGUGACCUGUCCCUGGGAGACAAGGAGGUGCCCACCAGAGACAGCAAGUUCAAAAUGCCCAAGUUCAAGAUGCCGUCCUUUGGCAUGUCUGCACCAAGCAAGGAUUUGGAAACCUCAGUGGACGUGCCUGUGCCCAAGGUCGCAGUGGAGGCAACCCGGCCCUCCCUGGGAGGAGAGACCCAGGCCCCAGAGUGCAGUGUCCAGCUGCCUUCGGCUGAUGUGCACCUGCCUGGGGGAGAGCUGGAGGUGGCCCUACCCGGGGCCAAGGUGACAGUAUUCGAGCUGAAGGGCAAAGCGGAAGGGGCCCAGAUCAAGGCCCACCUGCCCAAGGUGCAGAUGCCCAGCAUCAAGAUGCCCAAGGUGGACAUCAAGUGCCCCAGCGUGGACGUCAAGCACCCCAGCGUAGAUAUCAAAGGCCCCAGUGUGGAUGUCAAGGGCCCCAGCAUGGAUGUGAUAGGAGAAGUGGCUGUCCCCAGCCCAGACAUGGACAUCCAGGCACCAGGGUCCAAGCUGGAGGGUGAACUGUCCUUGACAAGCAAGGAGGUAGCCGCGAGAGACAGCAAGUUCAAAAUGCCCAAGUUCAAGAUGCCGUCCUUUGGCGUGUCUUUGCCAAGCAUAUCCACAGAGGCCUCGAUGAAUGUGUCCCUGCCAAAGGCCCAGGCCGAAGUGUGCCUGCCUUUCAUCCAGGCUGACGUCAAGGCCAGUGACCACCCCAUUGAGCACCCAUCUGCUGACCUCAAUGUCAAGACUGCUGAGGUGGGCCUGAAGCUCCCGGAGGGCCACGUGCCCGGGGGAGAGCUCCAGGAGGCGGCAGUGGAAGCCGGACUCACAGGACACCUGCCCAAGUUGCAGAUGCCCAGCAUCAAGAUGCCCAAGGUGGACUUCAAGGGCCCCCGGGUGGACAUCAAGGGGCCCAAGCUGGACAUUAAGGGUGCUAAAGGGGAGAUGGCCAUCCCUGAUUUGGAGGUGGCCGUGCCCAGCAUGGAGGUGGACAUCCAGGUGCCAGGUGCCAAGCUGGAGGGCGACCUGUCCCUGGGAGACAAGGAGGUGUCUGCUAGACACAGCAAGUUCAAAAUGCCCAAGUUCAAGAUGCCGUCCUUUGGCGUGUCUGCACCAAGCAAGGAUUUGGAAACCUCAGUGGACGUGCCUGUGCCCAAGGUUGCAGUGGAGGCCACCCGGCCCUUCCUGGGAGGAGAGCUCCAGGCCCCAGAGUGCAGCGUCCAGUUGCCCCCAGCUGAUGUGCACCCGCCUGGGGGAGAGCUGGAGGUGGCCCUUCCCAGGGCUGAGGUAACAGUAUCUGAACUGAAGGGCAAAGCGGAAGGGGCCCAGAUCAAGGCCCACCUGCCCAAGGUGCAGAUGCCUGAGGUGGAUGUUAAGGCCCCCAGCGUGGACAUCAAGGGCCCUAGCAUGCACAUGAAAGGCAAGAAGGGAGAAAUAGCAUCCCCUGACAUGCAGGUGGCCAUGCCCAGCAUGGAGGUGGAUACACAGGAGUCAGGUGCUAAGCUGGAGGGUGACCUGUCUCUGACAAGCAAGGAGGUGGCCAUCAGAGACAGCAAAUUCAAAAUGCCCAAGUUCAAGAUGCCGUCCUUCGGCGUGUCUGCAGCAAGAAAGGAUUUGGAAACCUCAGUGGACGUGCCUGUGCCCAAGGUCGCAGUGGAGGCGACCCGGCCCUCCCUGGGAGGAGAGACCCAGGCCCCAGAGUGCAGCGUCCAACUGCCAUCGGCUGAUGUGCACCUGCCUAGGGGAGAGCUGGAGGUGGCUCUUCCCAGGGCUGACAUGACGGUAUCUGAGCUGAAGGGCAAAGCGGAAGGGGCCCAGAUCAAGGCCCACCUGCCCAAGGUGCAGAUGCCCAGCAUCAAGAUGCCCAAGGUGGACAUCAAGGGCCCCAGCGUGGAUGUCAAGCGCCCCAGCAUGGAUGUGAGAGGAGAAGUGGCUGUCUCCAGCCCGGACGUGGACAUCCAGGUGCCAGGGGCCAAGCUGGAGGGUGAACUGUCCUUGACAAGCAAGGAGGUGGCUGUGAGAGACAGCAAGUUCAAAAUGCCCAAGUUCAAGAUGCCAUCCUUCGGCGUGUCUGUGCCAAGCACAUCCACAGAGGCCUCGGUGGACGUGUCCCUGCCAAAGGCCCAGGACGACGUGUGCCUGCCUUCCCUCCAGGCUGACGUCAAGACCAGUGACCUCCCCAUUGAGCUCCCAUCUGCCGACCUGGACGUCAAGACUGCUGAGGUGGUCCUGAAGCUCCCGGAGGGCCAUGUGCCCGGGGGAGAGCUCCAGGAGGUGGCAGCGGGAGCCGGACUCACAGGACACCUGCCCAAGUUGCAGAUGCCCAGCAUCAAGAUGCCCAAGGUGGACUUCAAGGGCCCCCGGGUGGACAUCAAGGGGCCCAAGCUGGACAUUAAGGGUGCUAAAGGGGAGAUGGCCAUCCCUGAUUUGGAGGUGGCCGUGCCCAGCAUGGAGGUGGACAUCCAGGUGCCAGGUGCCAAGCUGGAGGGUGACCUGUCCCUGGGAGACAAGGAGGUGUUCACCAGAGACAGCAAGUUCAAAAUGCCCAGGUUCAAGAUGCCAUCCUUCAGCGUGUCUGCACCAAGCAAGGAUUUGGAAACCUCAGUGGACAUGCCUGUGCCCAAGGUUGCAGUGGAGGCCACCCGGCCCUUCCUGGGAGGAGAGCUCCAGACCCCAGAGUGUAGCGUCCAGGUGCCAUCGGCUGAUGUGCACCUGCCUGGAGGAGAGCUGGAGGUGGCCCUCCCCGGGGGCGAGGUGACGGUAUCCGAGCUGAAGGGCAAAGCGGAAGGGGCCCAGAUCAAGGGCCACCUGCCCAAGGUGCAAAUGCCCAGCAUCAAGAUGCCCGAGGUGUAUGUCAAGUGCCCUAGCAUGGACCUCAAGGUCCCCUGUGUGGCCAUCAAGGGCCCCAGUGUGGACAGGAGAGGAGAAGUGGCUGUCCCCAGCCCAGUCGUGGACAUCCAGGUUGCGGGUGCCAAGCUGGAGGGUGAACUGUCACUGGCAAGCAAGGAAGUGGCCAUCAGAGACAGCAAGUUCAAAAUGCCCAAAUUCAAGAUGCCGUCCUUCGGCAUGUCUGUACCAAGCACAUCCACAGAGGCCUCGGUGGACGUGUCCCUGCCAAAGGCCCAGGACGACGUGUGCCUGCCUUCCCUCCAGGCUGACGUCAAGACCAGUGACCUCCCCAUUGAGCUCCCAUCUGCCGACCUGGACGUCAAGACUGCUGAGGUGGUCCUGAAGCUCCCGGAGGGCCAUGUGCCCGGGGGAGAGCUCCAGGAGGCGGCAGCGGGAGCCGGACUCACAGGACACCUGCCCAAGUUGCAGAUGCCCAGCAUCAAGAUGCCCAAGGUGGACUUGAAGGGUCCCCGGGUGGACAUCAAGGGGCCCAAGCUGGACAUUAAGGGUGCUAAAGGGGAGACGGCCAUCCCUGAUGUGGAGGUGGCUGUGCCCAGCAUGGAGGUGGACAUCCAGGUGCCAGGUGCUAAGCUGGAGGGUGACCUGUCCCUGGGAGACAAGGAGGUGUUCACCAGAGACAGCAAGUUCAAAAUGCCCAAGUUCAAGAUGCCGUCCUUUGGCGUGUCUGCACCAAGCAAGGAUUUGGAAACCUCAGUGGACGUGCCUGUGCCCAAGGUCACAUUGGAGGCCACCCGGCCCUCCCUGGGAGGAGAGCUCCAGGCCCCAGAGUGCAGCGUCCAGCUGCCAUCAGCUGAUGUGCACCUGCCCGGGGGAGAGCUGGAGGUUGCCCUACCCGGGGCUGAGGUGAUGGCAUACGAGCUGAAGGGCAAAGCGGAAGGGGCCCGGAUCAAGGCCUACCUGCCCAAGGUGCAGAUGCCCAGCACCAAGAUGCCUGAGGUGGAUGUCAAGCGCCCUAGCAUGCACAUCAAGGGCCCCAGCGUGGACAUGAGAGGAGAAGUGGCUUUACCCAGGUCGGAUAUGGACAUCCACGUGGCGGGUGCCAAGCUGGAGGGCGACCUCUCCCUGGGAGACAAGGAGGUGUCCGCCAGACACAGCAAGUUCAAAAUGCCCAAGUUCAAGAUGCCGUCCUUUGGCGUGUCUGCACCAAGCAAGGAUUUGGAAACCUCAGUGGACGUGCCUGUGCCCAAGGUCACAGUGGAGGCCACCCAGCCCUUCCUGGGAGGAGAGCUCCAGACCCCAGAGUGUAGCGUCCAGGUGCCAUCGGCUGAUGUGCACCUGCCUGGGCGAGAGCUGGAGGUGGCCCUCCCCAGGGCUGAGGUGAUGGCAUACGAGCUGAAGGGCAAGGCAGAAGGGUCCCGGAUCAAGGCCCACCUGCCCAAGAUGCAGAUGCCCAGCAUCAAGAUGCCCAAUGUCGACAUCAAGAGCCCCAGCACAGAUAUCAAAGGCCCCAGUGUGGAUGUGAGAGAAGUGGCUGUCCCCAGCCCAGACGUGGACAUCCAGGUGCCGGGUGCCAAGCUGGAGGGUGACCUGUCUCUGACAAGCAAGGAGGUGGCCGUCAGAGACAGCAAGUUCAAAAUGCCCAAGUUCAAGAUGCCGUCCUUCGGCGUGUCUGUACCAAGCACAUCCACAGAGGCCUCAGUGGACGUGUCUCUGACAAAGGCCCAGGACGACGUGUGCCUGCCUUCCCUCCAGGCCGACGUCAAGACCAGUGACCUCCCCAUUGAACUCCCAUCAGCUGACCUGGAUGUUAAGACUGCUGAGGUGGGCCUGAAGCUCCCGGAGGGCCAUGUGCCCGGGGGAGAGCUCCAGGAGGCGGCAGUGGGAGCUGGACUCACAGGACACCUGCCCAAGUUGCAGAUGCCCAGCAUCAAGAUGCCCAAGGUGGACUUGAAGGGUCCCCGGGUGGACAUCAAGGGGCCCAAGCUGGACAUUAAGGGUGCUAAAGGGGAGACAGCCAUCCCUGAUGUGGAGGUGGCCGUGCCCAGCAUGGAGGUGGACAUCCAGGUGCCAGGUGCUAAGCUGGAGGGUGACCUGUCCCUGGGAGACAAGGAGGUGUUUGCCAGAGACAGCAAGUUCAAAAUGCCCAAGUUCAAGAUGCCGUCCUUUGGCGUGUCUGCACCAAGCAAGGAUUUGGAAACCUCAGUGGACGUGCCUGUGCCCAAGGUCACAGUGGAGGCCACCCGGCCCUUCCUGGGAGGAGAGCUCCAGGCCCCAGAGUGCAGCGUCCAGUUGCCAUCGGCUGAUGUGCACCUGCCUGGAAGAGAGCUGGAGGUGGCCCUUCCCGGGGCCAAGGUGAUGGUAUCCGAGCUGAAGGGCAAAGUGGAAGGGGCCCGGAUCAAGGCCCACCUGCCCAAGGUGCAGAUGCCCAGCAUCAAGAUGCCCAGUGUGGACGUCAAUGACCCCAGCGUGGACAUCAAGGGCCCUAGCAUGCACGUGAAAGGGAAGAAGAGAGAAGUGGCAUCCCCUGACAUGCAGGUGGCCGUGCCCAGCAUCAAGGUGGACAUCCAGGAGCCAGGUGCCAAGCUGGAGGGUGACCUGUCUCUGACAAGCAAGGAGGUGGCCGUCAGAGACAGCAAGUUCAAAAUGCCCAAGUUCAAGAUGCCGUCCUUUGGCGUGUCUGCACCAAGCAAGGAUUUGGAAACCUCAGUGGAUGUGCCUGUGCCCAAGGUCGCAGUGGAGGCGACCCGGCCCUCCCUGGGAGGAGAGAUCCAGGCCCCAGAGUGCAGCGUCCAGCUGCCGUCGGCUGAUGUGCACCUGCCCGGGGGAGAGCUGGAGGUGGCCCUUCCCGGGGCCGAGGUGACGGUAUCCGAGGUGAAGGGCAAAGCGGAAGGGGCCCGGAUCAAGGCCCACCUGCCCAACGUGCAGAUGCCCAGCACCAAGAUGCCCAAGAUGGACUUCAAGGCCCCUAGCGUGGACAUCAAGGGUCCCAGUGUGGAUUUGCAUGUCAUGGAGGGAGAGGUGACUGUUCCCAGAUCCACUGUGCCCCUGGAGGUGCCUCUGGAAUCUCCGUCUGUGUCACAGGGGGACGCUCCCUGGCCCAGCCUCCAAGGUACUCCAGUGUCCCCCGCCUUCAUGAGCAUUCUCUUGUCCCAGGUGGACAGUGGGACUGGCCCAAAAGAUUCACCAUUUCCCACAUCUUGUGUUCAAGUGACUUUUCCUAAGUUUCCUCGGCCGAGGUUCGUGUUUUCAGUCCCAAGAGCUGGUACUGCUGAGGCGCAGCCUGCUUCCACAGAAUGUGCCCUAGCACUGUCUCCUCCGAGCCCCGUGCGCCGACCGGACUCAUCAGCUGGGGAAGCCACAGUGUUCCUGCUGCCGUCUGCAGGUGUCUCUGUGUCCACGGGGACAGAGGGGCUGUCAGGCACUGUGGGAACAUCAGCCAUGGCUUCAGAGGCCACUCCAGCUGCCGACGCCCACUGCGAAGGGAAAGGCAAUUCCCUGAAAAUGCCAAAGCUCAAGCUUCCAUCCUUCAGGUCAUCCCCGAAGAAGGGAGCAGGGUCCAGAGAGGAACCUGUUGGCAGCCUGGGGGUUGCAGAGAUCAGCCUGGUUGUAGGUCCGGUCCCAUCGGACAUCCCAGCUGGCGUUCAUGCUGCACGGAUGGACGCACCCCCAGAUGUGACUCCUGAAAAGGACGCAGAGAAAGGAGUGGUCCGCACCCCUGGCUUUGCUGGGCUGGCGCCCCUGCUCCCCAGCACGGGGGCUCCUCUGAGAGGGGCCUGGCUGCUGCACACAGACUCUGACUCUUCCCUGUCCAGUCCCCCAGGAAGGACUGAGUCUCCAGCCACAGGAACCAGCAGCGGCGAGGGUGCUGGGGACACUGGUGCUACUGCAGUCCUCUCAGACACAGCAGGCAUGAAUCCCCAGCCGCCUUGGGUCUGUGUUCCCAGGCUGGGCCUUGCCACACCCACCCUUGUACCCUGCGAGGGCGACCUUCCUCUUCCCAAACAUGGCCUGUCACUCGGAGAUGGUGGCACAGGGCAUGGGUCUGGGGACAGCUCAGCCCGCCAGCCUUGUGGGGAGGCCACAGCCCCCUCCACAGAAGACACCCUGCCACCAUCCUGCAGAACGGCAGAUGGUGAAGGCCCAGCAGAGGGAAGCCCAGAGUGGGCUAUGCCGGCAGGGUCUCAAGAGAGCUGGCACAGGAUGCCCACACUCCAUCUGCCCAGUGCCCUGCACUCCUCCGAGGAGAGAAGCAGGGCUGGGGGCCCCAGGGGUCUGCUGCAUGUGCCUGCUGCCGGCUCACCCAGGGAAGGAGUCAGGAGGCAGGACAUCCACAUUCCUGGGCCAGAGGUGACCACGUCCCUACAGUCCCCAGAGGCUGAUGUAGACGUGGCUGCUGCUGAGAGCACGUCCCACGCAGGUGUUCUAAGGCACAGUCUUGACAGCAGAAGCUCGAAGCUGCAUCUCCCUCCUGCCAGGGUGUCCGCCUCUGACCCUAGCACUUCUGAGGCUGUGGUGUGCCUGGGUGAGGGCCCCCUUCCCCUUCAUUUCCCCCAGAGGAGACUCCCAGAAUCCUACCGUCUUCCCCGAGAAGCAGGCAGGGCAGAUCCUCCCGGGCCAGCAGGACAGGACCUUUCCAGGGGGAAGAAGGGGGUAGGGGAGUGGUCUUCCCACCCCGAGGGACCCCUUAAACUGAAGGUGUCGACAACCGACGUGCCAUCCCAGAUUUCCAUAGUGACCACGAGUCAGCUCUGGGAAGAUUCGGUGCUGACCGUCAGAUUCCCCAGGUUAAAGGUGCCAAGGCUCACCUACCCUGUCCCCGGCUCUGAGGCUGACAUCUUCAUCCCUGCUGUGAGAGAAAUCCAGUGCCCAGAUAGCAGCCUUGGCAUGGCCCUGCAGAGGGAGAGCCCUGGAGUCUGGGGUGCUAGCAUCCUGAAGGCAGGUGCUGGGGGGCCCAGGGAGCAGCCUGUGGUCCCUGGCCUCUCCUCGGAAGCUUCCCCCAUUUCUAAGGUCAGAGUGCACAUCCAGGGAACCCCGGCGGAGAGCCAGGGGGGCGCCAUGUGCAGCACGGUGGCGGCUGAGUUUGCCGGCGUAGCGGAUCCCCGGGCAUUUUCCACGCAGGUUGUACGGGAAUCCGAGAUCCCAGCAUCUGAGGUGCAGACACCUGCCUAUGGAUUCUCCUUAUUAAAGGCGAAGAUCCCAGAGCCCCUGCCUCAGGCUGGAGUGCGUGUGGGGACCCCAGACUCCCAGCUGAGGCGGGCUUUGCAAGAGGCUCCUGCACGUGCCGCCCCAGGAGCGGACCCCGCUUCUGGAGAUCUUCAGUCCGACACCGGAGAGCCAUUUGAAAUGAUCUCUUCCAGUGUCGUGGUGCCUGGACUGCAAACAUGUGCAUUUGAAGUUUGCUCUGGCCACCAGUUUGCAGACAGCUGUUCCGACGAGGAGCCUGCGGAAAUCCUUGAAUGUCCCCCUGAAGACAGCCAAGAGGGGGCCCCAGCUGAAGAGGGCAGGGCUCCAGGAGCAGAACCCGAAAGCAGAAGGGCUUCUGGUCUGUUCCGGCUGUGGCUCCCAAACAUUGGGUUUUCUUCCUCUGUGGAUGAGAAAAGCACCCAGUCCGAAGACACACUCCAAAGGCCAGAGGCGGGGCUGCCGCCCAGACCGGAGAAGACGGGCUGGUUUCGCUUUCCGAAACUAGGGUUCUCUUCGCCCACCAAGAAGAGCGCGCACGCCGAAGAUGAGGCGAAGCUGGCAGAGCAGAAACUCCAAGAGGAAGCAGCCACCUUCUUCGAUGCCCAAGACAGCUUCCCCCUUGAAGAGGCCGACGGGAGGCGCGCAGAGGCCGCGGGCCCCGCGCCAGCUCCAGCGCGAUGCUGACAUCCCGGAAGAACCGAGCUCGUCCUGCUGGAAGAGCACAGAAAGGCCCGCGGGGAUCCUGUGCCGAGGCCCGUGACCGAGUGCGGGCCGGAGGGUCACUUUUUGGCAGAGGACAGCCACACAAAUGAAGUCUGAAGGCAGAGCCAUGACGUGCGCAGAGCACGCCUCCUGACAACGUGUGUCUAUACCGCUUCGCGGGGCCCGAGAACAGCGGGCAGCCGCCCCACAUCCCCCCUCAGCCCCCCCGCUCCCCCAGAGCUUUGGAAGCAAGUGCAACUACCUGGGCCCUGCGAGACGCCAGCUCCCACAGGGCCACCGCGCCCGUGACAGGGUGCUGGAGAGGGCGUUUCCCGGGGCAGCUGCCCAGCCCGCAGAGCCGGUCUGCUCCUCUGCAGAAGGGGCCCGAGGCUGGGCGCGUGGCUUCUGUGCACACUGCCCCACGGUGCUCCCCCGUGAGCAGGCUCCCCGUGUCUGGCACUCCCCAGGAGGACCUCCCCUGCUCCCUCGUGCUGUGCUUGCUCCUUGCUGACCGUCUCACCUGGCGAGCUCCGCGAUGCCUUGUGUCAUGACAUGCACGCGCUGGCAGAAGGGUGGUACCUGUGGUAUCCCUAUGUGCCCACCACCUGCCGCUGUUCACUGAUGCCCCUCUGCCCUGCCAGUCCCGCCCUGAGCCCUUUGGUGUACACAUGGCGGCCAGGCUGAGAUGGGAUCUGCUGCCCACCUGGGCGGCCGUGCAAUAAAGAAACCACGCACCGCACAGUGUCCGUGGGCCUCUUGUUCCGGUCAGGCUCACCUGCACCUUGCCCUCUCCCUACCCACUCCAAGCCCUCAUCUCUGGGUUGCUCAGGAACACAGAGUGAAGGGAGACUCUUAGCGUGGUUGUCUAUGUGCACGGAACCUCCACUGGGCCAGCAGCUGUGAGACCAAGGGACAAGGCUGGGUAUGGCAGGGGGCACAGACAGACCACCCCCACCAGCCAGAGGCAGUGCAAGACAGGCAGCCAUGCACAGGGCAGGGGCGCACAGAGAGAUCCCUGGCCCAGAGGUGAGCUGGCUCCUGGGCCACUAAAGGGCCUGUUUCAGGCACUUCCUCACGCAGCAACCUGCCCCCCAGCCCUCAGGAAGCUAAUCCAUGUGGGGAAGCAGGUCAGUUCACGGGGGCUCCUGUGCCCUCUCCGUGGUCAGAGCUCCUGCUCCCAGCCACCCUCGGAUGCCCCCGGCUCCCGGGGGACAAGAACCUCCAGCCACAGACAGCGGUGGCUGCCCUCAGGACUGUGGGGCGGGAGGGCCGGCAGGGCCCCCUGGAGGCUGUGGGCCUGGUGGGCAGCCUGCUGCCCGAGGCAGCCUGCGCUGGUGCUGCCCUGAGAGGGCCUGGAAGGGCGGUGGCCAUGGGGCAGCAGUGGGGGUGGGGAGGACAGGCCGAGGCCCUCCCCAUGCCACCGCGGCAGGCCAUGUCUGUCCCUGGGGCUGGCUGGGAAGGUUGCCAAGUUAGGGGAUGUGGAAUCCUCUAUUAAGUGCACUGACAGAGGGCCCCCAAGUGGCCCUGGAGUGGGGCAAGGGGGAGGAGAAAGUGGGGUCUUUUUCUUGCAGUCAAGAGAGGCCGUCACCCUCCCAGGCCGGCCCCUGCCUCUCCUUGUGUGUCAGGUGGACAUGGUGGGCACGGUGCUCUGGGAACACCGGUGGCUGUCUCCUGGCUCCAUGGGGUUCUGUCCACCUCUGAACCCGGGAUCACGGCCUUGCGCCAGUGGCCAGAAGGCAGCAGUCCCGUCCCGUGGGGACCCACUGAGCGGCAGAGCCUCCCCAGGGCCUGAACCUCCUGGGUCCGGGCUGCCCAUGCCGUGUAACGAUAACACAAGUUAGCAGCUGGAAACGGCACACGGUUACAAUCUCUCAGUUUCUGUGGGUCAGCAGUCCAUGUGCAGCGUAGCCGGGGCCUCUGCUCAGGGUCCCACAGGGCUGCCAUCCAGGGGCGGGCCAGGCUGUGAUCUCAUCUGCAGACCCAACUGGGGAAGAAGCCACUUCCAACACGCAGCUGCAGCAGUGUGCAAUUUCUUGCAGGCUGGGUGAUCAGCAGCCUCUGUUUCUUGCUGGCCAUCUCUGCGCCCUGCCAUGGGGGCCUCUCCGUGCGGCAGCCCACAGCCUAGAGGCUGGCUGCAGCGAGCCAGCAAAGGACAGACUCCUAGCAAGACGCUCGUACUCUUACGUAUUCCUGGACGGGACAUCCCACCCCCUCCAUGCAUUUCAUUUGUUAUAGGCAAGGACAAGUCUUGCCCACCCUCAGGGGGAGGAGACCACACCAGGGUGUGGGGCCUGGGGGCCAUGUGAGAGCCUGUCCACUGCAGCCCAGGGGGCCCUGUACUCCCCAGGGUCUCUCAAGCCUCAUCAAACUGGGUGUCCUGUGGGGGUCUGCUUUGGAGCAGGCCUUCGAGGUGGCCACUAAGGUGUGGCCGCCAGACCCAGAGUGUGCAAAGCAGCCUCCGCCAGUCAGGCCUGGGACAGUCACUGUGGCCUGUACCUGUUGUCCCACUGUGGCCUGGAGCAGAGUCCUCCUGGUCUGUGGUGGACCAGCCUUCUGGUGGGGAGCCGGCUGAGUGCCCCAGGACACAUGCAGUUGCCCCAAGAACAAGACAUCAAGCCUUAGAGGGCAGAGCAGGUCUGGGAGCAGCCUGCUUCUGGGGGGGCUAUUGCCUUGCAGUGCAUGGAUGGGGCACAGGGCUAGGGGAGCUGCCCCAGCUGCCACCAGUGCUUGGCUUGGUCAAGUGCAGCUCCCAGACCAGCUCCCAGAGGCCUGGACACCUUUUAGGGCUUCACAGACCCAAGGCCCCCCUGUUCAGACCCUUGCAAGGCCUGGCAGGGAGGCCAGCUGGGCUCAGAGGGCCGUGUCCCCUGGCAAGGACGCCAAUGUCUAGGUGCCCAGCACCGACCCAGCCUGCAUUCCCUGGGCAGAGAGGACCAGGGGAGGUGGGGAAAUGGCACCAAGAUGGGGGCAGGAGCCUGGUGUCCACUCGCCUGGCCUCUGUAGGGCCAGGUCCCUUGGACCACUGAGCCAGUCCCAGACUCCAGAGCAGGGCAGGUAGGCUCAGAACCAGGAGAUGACAGAGGCUUCCGAUCCGGCACUCCCAGCAGAGGGGCCAGAACGAGUCACCGAACCAAGAUUCAGGCGCUGCGUCUGCAGAGCAGGUACCCAGGCAGGUCCCAGGACAGGGUGGAUUCAGAGAAGGGGCUGUAUGCACACCAACCCAGCACGGUGUCGCCACGCCCCCAGCCACCUCAACCCGAUCCUACGGACUCUACCCACACAGUCCCAGCCCCCUGCACACCAGGGCCAGCCACCAUGCUGCCCCUGGUGCCAUGCAGCAGCCCUGGGCCC